GACAUUUUCGGUGCAUAUAGGACAACCCACAAGCUCGAGCUCCCUCUCUAUAAAAGCUGCAGCGGCGUAUGUUCUCAAUCCACAAUUCAAGUUUAUACUUGCUUCCAAAGUUUACUGUCUUGACAGUGUGACAAUAUAGAGCCAAAGAAUUUCCAAAUUCCAAUGGCCUCUCAGCUUCUGUUGUUGGCUUUCCUUGCCAUAACUUCUUCCAUUGCUUUGGCAUCUGACCCAAGUUCUCUUCAAGAUUUCUGCGUGGCUGAUCCGAAAACCUCAGUACUUGUGAAUGGUGUUGUCUGCAAGGAUUCCAAACUUGUUGAUGUCAAUGACUUCUUCUUCAGUGGGCUUCACCUAGCAGGAAACACAUCAAACGCAGUUGGCUCAAGCGUGACCUCUGUUAAUGUAGCUCAAAUAGCAGGACUUAAUACUCUUAGCAUCUCCAUUGCGCGAAUCGACUACGCACCAUGGGGAAUUAAUCCUCCCCACACGCAUCCUCGAGCAAGCGAAAUCUUAACAGUCCUGGAAGGGAGCCUCAAAGUGGGUUUUGUCACCUCCAACCCUGAAAACCGCCACAUCACCAAGGUGCUUCAGAAGGGUGAUGUGUUUGUGUUCCCAGUAGGCCUUGUGCAUUACCAACAAAAUGUCGGAUAUGGUAAUGCAGUUGCUAUCGCAGCUCUCAGCAGCCAAAAUCCAGGUGUCAUUACCAUAGCAAAUGCGGUAUUUGGAUCAAAGCCGGACAUCUCUGCUGAUAUUGUUGCAAAGGCUUUCCAAGUGGAUAAGAAUGCAGUCUACAAUUUCCAGUCCAAGUUUUAGAGUCCAAUUUGGAACCUUAUUCAAUGAAAAGGGACUUAGAAUUAAUCUGAAGUGUGUAAUGUAGUGUUAGAAAAUUUGGACAGUUUAUUUUUCAUUGCAAUCAUGUUGUUGGUCAAUUAUUUUGUUUGAUUCAGAAGGUAAUUCGUUUAUGCUCACUUGAUAUGUUAUCAAGUUGAUCUGUUGUUGUUUAUGUUUGAUUCUUUUGCUCCAAGAAAGAAUAAUAGUUGUCGAAG